AUGAAUAAAUCUAGUAUUAAUAAUCUUAUUAAUCAUCCACCAAUUUCACAACCACCUAACAACACCAAUAGUGACUCAUAUACAUAUACUAUAUCGCAACAACAACAACAACAACAACAACAACAACCACCACAACAACAACAAAAACAACAACAACAACAACCACAACAAAAACAACAACAACAACAACAACAACAACAACCACAACAACAACAACCACAACAAAAACAAAAACAAAAACAAAAUCAUUUAUCAAAUAACACGCAACAACCUAUUUUACACCAACAAAUAUCCCCACCUUUACAACCUUCAACUAAAAAUACUCCAGAAAUCAAUAAUCAACAUGGCCCUGGGGGCGUUAAGAAAAGUAUCUUAUCAACUUCUUCUCCUGAAGGUUUACAAAUUGCAAGUCAAAUUACAAGUACUAGAAUUGCUAACUUAUUAAUUAAAAAAGGUCCUUUACCAAUUAGAUAUAUUACAAAUUAUUUAUCACAAGAAGUUUCAGGUUUUAAUUUAUUAAGUUUAUCAAAACAAAGAAGAUUAAUUAUGGCUGCUAUGGAAAUGCAAGAUUCAGUUAAUAAUGUAAUAUUUGAAAAAAUUGGUUGGGGACAAUGGGCGGUUCGAAAAAUUGAUUCGGAUUAUAUAAUAACUCAAGGUUUGGAAACUAUAAAUCCAGAAGUUAUGUCAGAAGAAGAGAAAAAAAUUAAUAUAAAUGAUUUAAGAAAUCAACUGAAUAUAAAAUUAGGUUGGAGUAAAAAGAAAAAAGAUAAAAACCCGAUAGAUAGAAGAGAUUCAAUUACAAAUCAUAAAUCAAAUUUACACGAUUUAAAAUUACCACAUGAUGAAGAAGCUAUUUUCUCAGACGAUGAUGAUGAUGAUGAUGACGAUGAUGAAGAAAUUGAAAGUGAAUCUGAUUCUGAUGAUGGAUUAAAUAUUCCAAAUCAUGCUCAUAUUUCUUCUUCUGAUGAAGAAAUGUUUACAUUUGAUGAAAAUAUUUCAAAAUUUAAAUCUCCGCCACCUCAACAAUUUGCAAAAAGAGUUCCAUUACCUUCUAAUGAACGAAAAUUAUCAAAUCAUAGAAAAUCAUCAACUUCAUCAAUUCAUAAAAGAUCUCAUCAUAAUAAUUAUAAUAAUAAUACUAAUACUAUAAGAUCAAGAUUAAAUUCAAUGGAAAAUUAUAAUUUAGAUAAUUAUAUAAUUUCAUCAAAUAAGAACUCAUCAAAUGGUUCAAUACAAUCACCACCACCUCCAAUUGGUUUUAAUAAUUAUAUAAAAACAACACCUCCAAGUUCAACUACUUCUCCCAUUGGUUCAUAUACAAAUGAAGAACCACAUAAUAAAAAUAGAAGAAAGUCUUCAUUUAAUGAAAGUCAUGUUAGGAGUACAUUGAUCAAUAGUUUAAGAAAUAGUGUUAAUAAUCAGAAUAAUAACGAAGAAACUGAUGAAGAAGAUUGGGAAAGUAUGGGUCCACAACAAUUACAAAAUAGAAGAGUCAUUCAAAGAAGUAAUACUGAAGGUGUUAAUAUUCCACAUCCAAAAGAAGAAGAUGAUAUGGAUGAAGAUGAAGAAAAAUCUGCAGCUUUUGCUUUAGUUAAUUUAAUGUCGGUAUAA